AUGGCAUUGUGUUUAGCACCCGCGUCUCCAUUUUUGGUCUUUGUGUUCUCAAUGUGCCUCUUGUUUUGCUGCUCCCAAUCCAAAGAAUAUUUGGUUGGAGGCACUGAAAAUUCUUGGAGGGUUCCUCUUCCCUCACCUGAUUCACUCAACAAGUGGGCCAAGACUCACCAAUUCAGAGUCGGCGAUUCUCUCACAUUUAAAUACGAUAGGAGAACAGAAUCAGUGCACGUAGUGAAUGAGACGGACUACGCACGUUGCAUAACAAAGGGGCAACACUUAGUAUUCAACGACGGAAAUACUAAUGUUUUACUUAGCAAAUUAGGACCAAAACACUUCAUCAGUGGAACACAAACUCAUUGCCAAAUGGGGUUAAAGCUGGUUGUGGAUGUCAUGCCUAAGAAAAGCAAGAAAAUGUCUAAUUCUUCCUCUCCUUCACCAUCACCAUUGCCUUCUUUGUCACCAACACCGUCACCACUUUCGUCGCAUAAUCAAGGUGUUGCUCUUGGUUCAAAUAAUGGAUUCAUUGGAGUUAUAAUGUGGGUAGGAGUUUCAUUAGUGAUGAUGUGCUCAACAUGA